UGCAAACCUCCACAUCUUGACUAUUUUCUUUGGGUUCUGAACAUCUAAAAUAAUCUUGAGAAAGCCUUCUCUUCAUCGAUGCUAUACCCUGAACGCCGAGACAUGUUAUUUCGAGAGAGCCUCGUCCCGUUUGCGCCUGCAGACCUACACUAUGGCUUGAGGUCGGAGUUCAUGGCCGACAAGUGCCUUGAAAAAGUGAAUCUGGUCAUUGGAGCUUAUAGAGACGACCGAGGCCAGCCAUGGGUCCUUCCCACUGUGGCACAGGCAAUCCAGCUCUACCACGAUGACGCCCUCCAGAACCAAGAAUAUUUGCCAAUUGCAGGGGAGCAAAGCUUCUGCAAAGCCGCGGCGCACCUGCUUUUGGGCUGUGAAGACUCCGAUAUGCAGAAUAGGAAAUUCUCAUUCCAAACGAUAUCAGGCACUGGCGCGGUCCAUCUAGGUGCCGUGUUCUUGUCUAAGUUUCUCGCCGUCCCGAAACCCCUCGUGUAUCUCUCAGAUCCCACUUGGGAUAAUCACGUUCCGGUGUUCACUCAUGCUGGGCUCUCCGUCAAGCAUUACCAAUACUACUCGACUGAAACGAGGCUGUUGAACUUUGAAGGCAUGAUCCAGGACCUGCAGGAUGCCCCACGAGGCAGUAUCAUUGUCCUGCAAGCAAGCGCACACAACCCUACAGGCGUUGACCCAUCACAGUCUCAGUGGGAGCAGAUAGCCGAGACUAUGAAAUCGUCGGGCCACUUUGCAUUCUUCGACUGCGCCUAUCAAGGAUUCGCAACGGGCGAUCUGAUGCAAGAUAGCUUUGCUGUCCGACAUUUCUUCCAGCAGGGCAUCGAGAUGUUCAUCGCGCAAUCCUUUUCGAAGAAUCUCGGGCUUUAUGGACAACGGACAGGAUGUUUGCACUAUGUGGCAAAUCCUGGAUCGGAAGCUUCGUCGACUGUCCAGCGGGUAGCUUCUCAGCUGUCAUCGCUCCAGCGCUCGGAGAUAUCCACGCCGCCACUUUACGGAGCCAAGAUUGCUUCUCUUGUGUUGAAUGACAAGACACUAUCAAAAGACUGGCUGGGAGAUUUGGCGACCAUGUCCGAGCGUAUUGCGAAAAUGAGGGCUGAGUUACAAGGUCGCCUAGAGGAACUAGGGACACCGGGAAAUUGGCGCCACAUCACUACUCAGAUUGGAAUGUUCGCUUACACUGGUUUGAACGAGUCUGAGGUUGAGCUUUUGCGAACCAAGUGGCACGUCUAUAUGCUCCCGAGCGGGAGAAUGAGUGUCGCAGGACUGAACAGCCGGAAUGUUAGUUAUGUGGCCGACGCAAUUCACGAUGUCGUGGGCAAGGUAAAAGUUCGGAAAUAAAAUAGUCUAAUAAGACAUGACGCAACUGAGGCAAUUGUUCUUGGUGAAUGGAAAUCCUGAUAAUAAGGACUAAC